AUGGAUUCGGGACCAGAGAUCCUGAGAGCGACGGGAGCUAUUGUCUCCGCGUUCCAGACGGCUGCUGAUACAGUCGACUUUAUCAAAGAUCGAAAGGAGAAGAAAAGGCGAAGGAAGGACAAAGAAACCGAGGAACUGUUGGAGAUAAGGAUCCUCCACAGAUCGCUCGUUGAGGGUGGUACUAGAAUAAGGAGACACUGUGAGAACAGGAACCAACAAUACAAGCCCGCAUUCGAGGCUGGUGAUGACAUCUCGAUACAAGCAUUGAGGGACGUUGUCAUCGCCCUCCAAACAGAAAUAAUCCAGCCGCUACAUGUUGCCCGCGCCGUAGAAAAUGCCGCUCUAGAUUUCACGGCCUUGCACGAGUCAUCAGUCACCAACCGCAAUGACACGACUAAAGCCAUGGACCAGCUUUGCCAGCGUAUUAUGGCUAGCUCGCAGUACCUUCCUCAGCAUUCGGAUCACAGCUUUGGAGCAGUAGGUUCCUCAAAUAUGAGCAUGUUGUCUAGCGCCGCGAGUGUGCCACUGUCGGAUCUUGUUGAUGCCUACAAUCUGCCUUCAUCUCAUCCAUCUAGCGUAGGAAGUCCACCAACGUUAGAGAGGCAGCGCGCAUUCCCCCAACGAACGAUGAGCUUUCCGCAACCAGACCAAGAAGUGGCGGCGGAGCAAUUCGACGCAAGAAUACCGCGGAAAUCGCCACUAUCAUUCAUCAGCAGCCAGAUAGGAUCUAGCAACAGUCAUCAACCAGAGAGAACACAAGCCGAGCCAAUGCGUGACUAUCGCAACCCAGAUGAGAUGCAACUGCAACCGAAAAGUUACUUCACACCAAAGCUCGUGGUAUCCAAGAACGACAGAGGUUCAAUACGCUUUCAACCAGCCCCUGUGAGAUCAGCUAGUACUAUCCGUCACUCACAAGACAACUCUAGCAGAGUCUCCUCGUUCUCCGAAGCGACCCCAUAUCAACAAGGAGAAAGGACUCCAUCUACCGAAUGGGAUUCUGCGGAGAAAGAGAAGCAGAAGCAAAAAUUCGGAGGCUACUUUGGGGGGGAUACGGAAACAUUAUCUAUCCGCUCAAAGCAGCCUUCAUCUACUCUAGUUCCUAGUCUCUACAGAACAGAAUCUGCGGAGCAUCAGAACUAUGGUGGCCAUGAUGCCCCAGAGGUGGUGCCGGAUGACUCCGCGAAUGUUUUGUUAUCGCCAGAGUUCUCUGAGAAGUUCCCUAGCCCUCGUUUUGAACCCGACUAUAAUGCGCGUCUUCAACGCCUAUCGCCUGGACUGGAGAAUAUAUGGGUCCCACUAACCCGGCCUGCGAUGCACAAUAGGUACCACGGCUUCUGUAAAGGUGCAUGGCAGAUUCGAAAAACGGUACACGAAGGUCUAGAAGUUCAGAUCACCCCUGCUUUGAAAGAACCUGUCCUACAUUGGGCUUGCAAGGAAUGCAAGUUCAAAUCAAGAGCACCGAACGCAGAUACUCUUCCAGAUGUGGUCAUGUCAAACCAAAAAUAUAACAUUCGAUUCCGGUGGCUCUUUCUUGCCAAAUCUCAUCACCGCGCCGAUGUCUCAAUUGAUAUCAUGGAGAAUUACAAGUUCGGUUGCAUCUUCUGUGCAGCGGAGGGUAAGACCGGCGAUACUUACGAUCGACUUGAUCACCUCAUGGUGCACAUCAUCUCCAAGCACAAGCCGAUUACACUUACGCCGGAGAUAAGAACUAAGACAAAAUGUGUGGUUGGCAACGUGGCUCACCACCUGCAAGAUUGGGACAUCCAUGUGCCUGAAGCAACGCAAAAGAACACUGGCGUUGCGACAGACCAAUUUCUCAUUUCAGCCUCGAAAUUUUUCUCGCGAAAAAAAGGCAAGCGCUAA